UUGUCCUACCUCAACACAAAUCGGCACUCACUUAAUUUGAGUGCUCGUGGCAAAACGAAAAACACGAAAAACAAAAACCAAAAACAAUAACUGAAGUCUAGCAACAGCAGCAACGCCAAGUCUCACAUCAAAAACCACAACCCGUAUUGCAUAACUUUUCAUUCAAGUUGUGCACUUAUUGUUGUUAGUGUUUUUGUUUUUGUUUUUUCCUUGUGCUCACUUGCGUCCACUUGAAUUUUUCACCCAUGCGAUAAUUGUGUCACAUUAACCUAAUUCUUGGCUUUCUUUGCAACGCACAACUGACUGUUUUGUUUUUGUUUCGCUUUUGCAUUGUGUUUGGUCGAGUGUUUUAUUUUUCGUUUGUUUUGUGGUCGAUUAAUUUGCUUAUUUAUUGGCAUUUACGAGUAUUACGUUUCAACCACUUUGUUUGUUAUUGAUCUAUUGCUUGAUUGUUGUUGACCGGCAUUGCUUUGCUAUCAUUUGAAUUGCGCGCGUGGGUAAAUAGUAACAACAACAACAACAACAAUGUAUAAAACAUCGGCGAUAUUCUUGAUCCUGUUCGGAUAUUUACUCAUCACAGACUGUAGUGAAACUACACGCACAAAGCGCGCCAAGCGACCGCGUGCACCUGAACCAGUCAACUUUGAACCAGAACCACAACAAGAUUUGGAGAAUGAGGAGAGUGGUAGCCAAGAAAAGGAUAUACCCGAAAUACCAACAAAUUUUCUGAGCCCAUCUGUGCGAGAAUAUCUCGAAUUGGGCAAAUCAAUACCGGGACGUCCUGGCGUCGACUACCCCAUACUAUCCGCCAUUCCCUACACGAAUUUCUACUGUGAUGAACAAGCGUAUCCGGGCUUUUUCGCCGACAUGGAAACAAGAUGUCAAGGCUGGCAUUACUGCGACAUCGAUGGUCGACAAGCCUCCUUCCUCUGCCCAAAUGGCACACAAUUUUCCCAGGCAGUCUUCGUAUGCGAUUGGUGGUUCAAUGUGCGUUGCGAUCUCUCGCCGCGUCUAUACGCCAUCAAUGCACGCCUCUAUCAGCGCCCCAAGGUGAAUCCAACACGUCCGCAUCGUAUCAUUACAAAAGAGCUGGUCGAUGAUAUUUUCAAUUGAAGGGGCGCAUGUGAGGCGAGAAUGUGUGGACUGGCAGGCAGACGAGCCGUAGAGGGCAGAGAAGUGAUGAAAGAGGAUUUCAAGGGGUAGGAACGUCAAAGCGAGAGUGGAGCAGAAUUCGUAUAAACUAUUUGUGGGCUAUGAGGGUUAUUUAAAUGAUUCAACUUGAUUUCGUGUGUAUUUUGAAAUUAAAAAAGAAAAUAUGCAAUAAAACACGCAAAAUAGUAUUA